AUUCUCUAACUCAUAACUCAAAACAGCUCAAUUCUUCUCUUUUCUACUAUCAGAGCGAAGCAAACUGUCCCCAAAAGACUAUCAGUUUCUCUCUCUAAACUCUCACUUUUCUCUCUCUAAAAAUGGCUCGUGUAAGCUUUGCUUUGGUAGCAGUAAUGGCCGCAAUGCUAGUGGUCUCAACCUUUGCUCAGUCCCCAGCACCUUCACCUUCCCUACAAUCACCGAGGAAGAUUUCUCCUGCUCCGGCUCAAUCUCCGAAAUCCGCCGCCCCUGCUCCGGCAGCAACCUCAACAACUCCAGAGACUGCUCCCACUCCAUCAUCGAUCUCUGAUUCUCCAUCCGGUUCUCCUUCUGCGAUCUCCGAUUCUCCUACUGAGGCUCCCUCUCCAGCUCAAAACGGUGCCGUUUCGGCUUCUUUCACUGUCGUUGGAUCCAUGGCCGUUGUCGUUUUUGCCUCAGUUUUCGUCAUGUAGAGAGUUCACUGGAUUUAUUAGUUGAUGUUUAUAGAUUUAUUACCAUUGAUUUUUUUUAUAUAUAUUUAUAUUAUUACUAUAUUUAUAUGUAUCCAUUUAUUUGAUUCACGAUAUAUAUUAUCUAUAUUUAUUUUUAUUUAAUGAAGGAGGCAGUAUUUCCAUUUUUGUUUA